AUGCGCGCACUGACCAAGUGCAUUUCAUUCUUCUCUCAUAUCAAGAUCACGUUUCAUCACCUUGCCCCUAUCUCCGGUAGCAUCGAUCCCGAUGAUUCCGACCCUCUCGCAGCGGCGUGGCGUGAAUUGUGCGAAGAAACCUCCCUCACCGCAUCGGAUCUCAGCUUCUGGCGCACUGGCAAGCCAUUCACCUUCAGCGACCCGUCCAUCGGUCGAGAAUGGACCGUUCACCCGUUCGCUUUCCGUCUCAAAGAUCCCGCAGAAGGGGGACAGGGGGAGGAGGCUAUCCGCACUGACUGGGAACAUGAAGAGUGGCAAUGGUACGAUCCUCGCACGGUGCUCGAAGACGAAAGCCUGAACACCGUUCCGCGUCUGCAAGACAGUUUAAGAAGAGUCUGGUUUGAGGGCAUAACCAAUGAGCGAGCGGGAAGGGCUCUUGCGACUGGUCUGGAACGGCUGCGAGCGGACCAUGAGAGCGGCGCGCAUGAACUGACUGCGAUAGCGUUGACGAUCUUUCGCGAUUUUAUCGUGUACACGCAAAAUCACCUCGAUGCUGAAUGGUGGGAGAUGAUUCGAAUGGCGGCGUGGCAUCUCAUCAAAAACGGACGAGAAAGCAUGGGUGCAGCCACGCAGAACGCCAUUCUAUCCGUUCUAGCGGAGAUAGAAGAGAUCAUGGAGCAGAAGACCGGUACUGAACAGAAGUGGGAUCGGAUCCUGGCUCUGAUCGAUUUUCAUCUGAGGAAUCGCGCCGAUACUGCACAGCAGGUCAAGCAGUCCUUCAUCUCCUACCUUCAAUCCCACUUUUCGUCGGGUGGCGCACAAAAGGAUCGGCUUACCAUGCUCACCAUCUCCUCCAGUUCCACUAUCCGGGACAGUAUUCUGGAAGCGUACGACGCGCUCGGGAUCCAAACACUUGAACUACGGGUCCUCGAGUCCAGGCCGCUUUUCGAGGGCGCCAGCCUCGCCUCGUCUAUCUUGUCGACGUUCAAAUCCCAGUCGAAAUCCCCCGACAAACAUUUGCAUAUCACCAUGUACACCGAUGCAUCAGCUGCACUGGCCGCCAAAGACGCCGAUAUCGUCUUGCUUGGUGCGGACCGCAUUUCCGCCACCAGGGGGGUCAGCAACAAAACCGGGUCCCUGCCGUUGGUGCUCAGCGCGAAGCAUGUCACCCCAGAUGUGCGAAUUGUCGUGCUCAGCGACAUGGAGAAAGUCAACGGAUUUGCCGGGGUAAUUGACGACGAACUCACCGAGGGCAAUGAUCCAUUCGAGGUGGCGAGCGCAUGGAGCAGCGACGGCGUCAAGGGCAUACAGGUGCUAGAGAAGGGGGUGAGAGAGAGCAAGUCGGAGCAGGAGAAUUCGUCUGUCACGGUGGAGAACACCUACUUCGAAUGGGUUCCUCUGGACAUGGUGGAUGCCUUCAUCUGUGAAGAGGGGAUCCUUGAGAAGGACAGUAUCCAGGAGAAGUCCCGUAAGUUGGGAGAGAGGGCUGAUCGGUACUUUGGUAAUCUAUAA